ACACCGAAGUCUGUGUUGUGAGCUUACCUUUUUCAGCAUGAAGCCCUUCAGAAAGGAAAACUGAACCCAAUCAAGACCCCUAGGUCGUAUUAUUUCUAGACUGUGUCGCUUCGGAGGCUUGCCUCCGGAUUUCUUCUGAUCCCGGGAUCUGUCUGAGGACUGUGGAUUCAACAAGAAAUGACUUCUGUAAAGAAGAAGGAACAUGCCUUUUGGGCAUCUGUGUGUCUGUUGCUCAGCGUUGCCCCGGAGCUUCUUAAUGCUCUGCCUGAGGAAGUUGAUGGACAUGUGAAAACCACAGAUUCGGAUCAGCCACUAAUGAAACCGAAGCACACAUUUUGCGCAAUGAAGGUAGAGGAUGGGCCGUGCAAAGCCAUGAUAAGGAGUUACUUUUUCAACAUUUUUACUCAGCAAUGUGAAGAAUUUAUAUAUGGGGGAUGCAGAGGAAACCAGAAUCGAUUUGACACCCUGGAAGAGUGCAAGGAAACAUGCAUCAGCGGUUAUAAAAAGACGACUGUAAAGACAACAUCCGGAGCAGAAAAGCCAGAUUUCUGCUUCUUGGAAGAGGACCCUGGGAUCUGCCGAGGCCUCAUUACUAGGUAUUUUUAUAACAACCAGUCAAAGCAGUGUGAACGAUUCAAGUAUGGUGGGUGCCUAGGCAACCUCAACAACUUUGAGACUUUGGAAGCGUGCAAGAGCACCUGUGAGGAUACCGGGAAUGAGUUACAGAUAGAUAACUAUGCACCUGAUCUCAAUACUGUAAACAACACCUUGAUUCCCCAGUCUACCAAAAUGCCCAGCAGUUGGGUUACAAAAGAAGGAACAAAUGGUGGUUGGAAGAAUGCUGAUUAUACUUACCACGUCUUUCUGAACGCCUUCUACAUUCAUUUGCCUUGGGACUGCAUCACCUUUAUGAUAUUUUGAAAAAACUCAUCUUUGGUUAGACUUCAAAAGCCUACUGCUAACUCAAUCUCCAGCACUUUGUCUCUGAAUGAGAAAAUGAGCACCUAAGUACUGAUCUAGGGCCAUACUGCUUCAUGCCGGCCUCCAGGUCCAGGGAGAAUGACUAGAUGUAAAAAAGAAGACCCUGUGGCCACUUGAAACUCUCUUCUGACUCAAUCUAACACAUAACCUAGGGCCAAACUCUACAUACACAGAAAAUGGUGGAAAAAAUUAAUACAUAUAUGUGUGUAUAUAUUAUCAUUGGCCUUCUGGAAGAGGAACAAUGUUGACAGAGAAGCUAUCAAAUAAUUAAAUGUCACCAUUGCCUCUAUGUUCUCUUGGAAGAUAGUGAUUAUAUGCAGAGGAAUAUUGAAAUCAAGUAAAUUUUCUGGGAAGAAGAUAUCCCCUUACUAACUAAGGAAUACACAUUUAAAUGCAUACCCCAAGAAAUCAUGAGUGCCAUGGACAGUGCUGUAAACCUCAUUUCAUCGGCAAGCACACACAAUUUGAAGCAAGUAUGUUGGCCUUGAGAUGUAUUCUCACUGAGAAGCAUAGAAUGUAUCUCAUCCUACCAGUUCCUGCAUAGUAAAUCUGGGAGCUUGUGCUGACACCCUGGCAAGCUGGCUUUCCAGAAAUAGACAGCUUUAGCAGAGCUCACAUCAGACCUUCUACUUCCUGGCAGGAGUGCUGGCCAGAAACAAAAAUGUGGCACUGCCUCUGCCAAAAUCGCAGCUGUCACCCUACCUACCUGGAAAAUCUCUUCACAGACAAUUUUGAAUCUAACUAAAGACAACGGUUGUCCCAGACAGUGGAGCCCUCCAGAGAAAUGUUUCUCGACGUCAAUAGAUACUUUUACAGGAGAUGAAGUAGACAACUUCACUGUGGCAACCAGAUUAGUUUAAGUGACAUUUGUGUGGAAUAAAAUAAUAGAAAUUUAAGCUUGUGAAAAUUAUAAAGCUACAACAGAAACUUAGUUGCAUAUUAACACAGACCAAACUACUAUCACUAUUAAUUUGUUAAGAUUUCUUUUCUUAAAGCAGUAGGAAAAUCCAUAUUGGAAUACGAAUUUUGUAUUGACAGCAAAAAGAUAGACUAGGAACAGGGGUUAGUUUAGUCUUAAUUCUCUGAGUGUCACUUUUAUCUUUAAAGAUUGGAUGAUCUCUGCAGAAAUGAAGUGAGAAGCACCCACUACAGAGCCCCACACUCCUACCUCUCACAAUACCCCAGGGCCAUGCUCCCUGUUUUCAACUGUAUGAAUGCCAGGAGCUUACUCACUGGCACGCAUCUGAUCACAGAGACAUAAAGGCCUGGAUUGUGUUUUGUGAUUUCUAGAAUGAGGCCAGGUUGAACAUGCCAACCUAAUGAUUCCUGCCUUCAGAUGGUGGAGAGCUAUUUGGCUCACCACUGUUGCCCCCAAGGCUGCUUCCAGCCUCCUUAUUAGGGUUUCUGUUUCAAUUACGCACACCUUUCUCCUGUUCAGACUCGAACGCCAAUUCAUCCAUGUGACAGUGCAUGAGGCACAUUUAGAUGGUUUUGACUGGAGACUGAUGGGGAGAAGGGAUUUGGAGAUUAUAAAUAAUGAAGUGUCACAAGCUGUAUCUGAUAAAAUUUUUGAAGUAUUUGCCCAGUAAGUCUAGAAGCAUUUUCUACUUAGCUUUAAGAGUGUUGCCUCAUGAUUGGUUAGAACAUUGGCUUUAGGAAUGGAAUUUGAGUUCGAUUCCAGUCCUUUAAUUUCCUGACUUGUUUUGUACCGUUGAAAAAAAGCAUGCCAUUUCUCUCAGCCUCCAGUUCGUUCUUUGCCUCGUGUGGAAUGCAAUGCGUCAUACAGUGUUUAAAAUCCUGUAAUAGCAUGCAAAACUCUUUAUCCAUGUUGUCAUUAAUGAGAAUAUUGAUUUAAAGACAUUUCGGUGGUGAUGACCCUGACCCAAAUUCACCUAAGAUACAUAGCUGGUAAAGAAGUAACUCAAAGAUAUUGCUAAUGCGUAUUUUGGUUUUGACGCAAUUAAAGCUGUAGCCUUGAAUAGAAGAAUAUUAAUUCAUUAUAGUUAACACACGUGCUUGUAAACUCCAAGCAUAAUUAAUUAAAUAAAAUUUCACCUUUUGUGUC